UGUUGUAUCUUAAUCGUUCACAUUGGUCAGGCUAUUUCCUCCGUAUUCUCGUUGACCAGCUUCCCCAGCGUGCGUUAUGCGCCUUGUUUGCACCGUCGGUUGGAACUGCGAGCUGGCCAGUCCGAGACGUGGCAUAGAGGAAUGAAGAGAUUGACUAAUAGAUGAGUUGUUGCCUGCCAUCUUCGUACAUGUGGGCCUCUGGAUAAUCCUCAACCAUGAUAGGAAACCGUAACGCAGUCAUUGGCGUUCCAGCAUUCGGUUUUUUGUAGCUGGUUGUUAAUUUUCGUUCCAUUCUGAUUAGUUUAACGCUCAUCUUUCUUGCUCUUAGUUUCCUUACAUUCUGUUAGCAUUCACUAUCCUGCCAUUGGGAAUCGUGGCAACUGGACCCACCGCACUCGGUGCUCGGAACAAAGUUGUUAUAAGUGAACUGAACUGCACACUUAGCACAUUGAACUGACGUUUGUCGUUCCAUUGUCUCAAAGCAUAAUUGUCGCUCUAUUGGUGACCAUUGAGUGUAUGCCGCCUUUUGUCCACUACAUUUUCUCUGUUCGAUGUUACAUACCGUAAAUUGUUUGAUGAAUUGCCGGGCGGUCUGCGACAGCUCUUGUCUCCUUUCCUACGAUAACGAAACUAGGUAGUUAUUUGUCACCGCUUAUACAUAUGUUAUUAUGUUGCUUUCUUCUGUCACUCGCUCUCAAUCUAAUGCAUAAUGUGAUUUAGACAUUAUGUUACUUUUUUAGCUUUCGUGAUCUGUAAUGUUUAAUCUCUUUACCCUUUUGUAUUGCGGCACAUUAGCAGAUGUGUUUCUCACUCUCGACUAACGUGCAUUAAUGAUAAUGACGAAUUUUUUGUUUUUUUCAGAGGGGGUUAUAGUGCUGAACGUGAUCGCGGCCGCGAUAGCGAUCGGUACGAUCGUGGUCGUGAUCGCGAUUCCUACGGACAUUCGACCGACCGAUUCGGUAGUUCUGGCGGUCGUUUUGGUGGACCAGGCCGCGGUGCUUUUCCUCCUGGGAUGAAUUAUGGUGGCUAUGGAGGACCCAGAGGUGGUGGAAUGGUAGCCCGUGGUGGACCCGUUCCACCCAUGGGUCCAGGAGCUGGUCGUGGAUACGGUGGUCCUGCUUUCCAUGGCGGUGGUGGUCCUCCGGUUGACUACAGAGGAACUACAGAUGGCAGACCACCCAGGGGUGGACGAGGUGGGUUUCGUGGGGGGCCUAGCGCUGCAUAUGGUGGCCCCGUUGACUCAUCAUCAAUGUACGGUGCACCCCACAGUCAGUUUGACGUUCCAACAGGAAAAAAUGCUCCUACGGAUCCGUAUGGAGCUGCUGGCGGUGGUUCCUUUUCUUCGAUUGUUGACAGCAAACCUCCGGAAAGUACGGGUGGCUAUCGCGGUGCAUAUGGACCUCCGAGUCGUGGGCAGUACGGCGGCUCUUCUGAUUCCACCGGAUACGGUGGCCAAGCAAUGGGGCGAGGUGCUAACAUCGCCUCUGGUCGUGGUGGCCGUGGGGCUGGUCCAGGAGAUCGCGAUGGACCCGCUAUUGCUCGAGGCGGACACGUACCUCGAGGAGCCUCAGCUGUUCGUGGUGGCUAUUCCGCCAAUACUCAUGGUGGAUAUCAAGGGGACGCAGACGCAUCAGGUUAUCCGAUUGCAGGUGCCGAUCGGACACCGACUUACAGCUCCUACCAAGGCACUGAAGACUAUUCUGAACGAGCGCGGGAUCGUUUCCCUGUCAGUGAUACUGGGUCUUACGGUUCAGUCAAUCAACAGGCUAAGAACUCUGGUAGCUUCCCUGUUCCCAGACAAUCAGGUUACUCUGGCGGAUACCACCGUGGCGGUCCACCUAGCUAUCCUACUGGCGGGCAGCAAAGCUACCCUGUUCCCACAGGCAAUUAUUCAUCGGAAUCGCAAGCCGCUUAUUCUGGUAGUUACACAGGGGCCGAAGGCUAUUCAAACUCUGGUGUACCCGAAGGUGUCCGCGGUGCCCGUUCCACCGGUCAUUCAGCAGGAGGGUCGCAGGGAGUAAGUUCUCGUGGCUACCCAUCAUCUGAUACUGAGAAACCACCAAUUGAUGCCCAACAUAAUGAACGUGCACCAGAUGCUGGUAGCCUGUACGCAUCUGGUUCGGCUCGGUAUGGUGAAACUCAGGCUACCCAACCGUCUGCUGGUGGACCUAAGCAAUCUCGUUUCGACUCCAAACCCGCUCCUGCCGGGCCACAAGGCUAUUCCAGUUAUCCCCCCGGAAGCUACUCUGGACCUUAUGGGGCUACAUACGGAGGCGGUACAAUGAACAAUCCUGGCGGAGGAACCCAACCAACUGCUCCCAAUUCCGCGAACCUCAGAAAUGCGCGCAGUCGCUUCGAUCUUGGACCCAGCGCAAAUCAAGCUACUUCUGCUUCAGCUGCGGGACCCCAAGACACACAAUCCCAGUCGUCUGGGCAGUCCCAACAACCACCGUCCCAGCCAUCCCAAACGCCUCAAUCAUACUACGGAUACGGAACUCAAGCCGCAAAACAGCCCACAGGUGUAAGUGCACCAGCUGCCCCCAGUCAAUCUUUUAGCACAUACGGUUACAAUUAUGGAUCUUACGGUGGGUCUUACGCAAAUCAAACUGGCCAACCAGCAACAACUCAGGGCCGCUCAUCUGCAGUUCCAAGUUCUACACCCUCUCUAUACGCCUCGGCCGUCGCUGAUAAACCGCCGAGCGCUGCGCAUCCAACCCCUUCUGUGACGACACAACCUUCUAGUACUGCUGAUAAUUCGGCUGCUCUUGCUGCUGCAGCUUACACAUCUUAUUAUGGCUAUGGCUCUACCGCAGGCGCUACUGGAGUUACGGUAGACCAACAACCGAACACCGGCAAAUUGGACGCCGCGAUGGCCGCAGCCCAGCAGUUUAAUACUUGGCAGCAGCAGCCAUCUACCGGAAUCUCUGCUAGCGUUCCUGCUACAACAGUUGCUCAAACAGCUGGGUCUGCCACGUCAGCCUACACUGGGUACUACGCAGGUUUUGCAGCCUACCCUACGGGAUACGGUACAACUGGUGCCCCUGCACCCCCAGCGUCUCAAGUCAUGCCCCCUUACUACGGCGGUUAUCGCUAAUCAAGUAACAGCACUACAAUCUUGUCCGCAUUUUUAUGCCCAACUAUGUCGCCUGUGUUACUUUUGCUACCUUUCGGUUGCACAAAAUACAAAUGUUCUUGCCGCUCGCGUUGUCCAGAUUUAUCAGUUCGC